AUAGUGUCCACCAUAUAUCUGUUACCUUUCUAUCGGUGGGAGGCUGUACCUGUCCAGCAGGAAAGAGAGAUGGAACCGCCAGCCACCGCAGAAAAACGCUCCUCCAGACGCCUUCUCUUUGACCGCCGUUACGGCUGGGUGGUCGACGAGUGGAAGGAACCAUCUGAUGAAGCUCUCGCCGGCGGAAGAGGAAUGUUUUGUGUAGUUCCUUUGGGCAAAACUCUGUUUCAGACUGCUUCACAAUCAAUUAACUCGGCCGUCAAAAUUAUAGAUAUGAAGCUUCAGAAAUGGCAAAAUCCUAUGCACAACCCAAGCUCUAGUGUUGUAGACAGUAAUGGAGAUUCAGGGUGAAAAUGCAAAACCUGAAUCAAAUGUUUUUUUUGGAUUUGACAAAACUAGUCCAUGUGUUUAGUGUUUGUGAUUAGUCACUCAGCUAGAUGAUGAUCUCAUCUAUGUACUCUUGUUUGCUUGUGUUCAAGACUAUUCCAAAGACAUUGUGUGGUUAUAUGACCUUUCCCUUGUGACUAA